AUGCGUGCUACUACGGCUCUCACCCUUCAAGCUCUUGUGCUUUCCGCUUUCGCCGCCACUGCAGAUCAGUGGAGGUCGCGAUCUAUUUACCAGAUCAUGACAGACCGCUUCGCUCUCGGCAACGGAACCUAUCCACCGUGCAAUACGACCGAGCGAACUUACUGUGGCGGAAACUGGCGCGGCAUAAUCAACAACCUCGACUACAUUCAGGGCAUGGGCUUCGAUGCGGUCUGGAUUUCACCUAUUUCAACCACCGUUAACAUCACCGCAGAGGGGCAUUCGUAUCACGGGUACUGGACUGGAGACCUCGAUACCCUCAACAAGCAUUUCGGCGAUGAGACAGACCUGAAAGGACUUGUCUCGGAGCUGCAUUCGCGUGAGAUGUAUCUCAUGCUGGACGUCAAUGUGAACCACAUGGGCUCGAACUCUACUCCGGCGAACGUCUCAUGGCUGCUUCCAUUUAUGAAUGAGUCGAAUUACCAUCAACAAUGCUCAAUAGAUGACCAGAAUAACCAGUGGCAGCUUGAGAACUGCUGGCUCAACAGUGGUCAGGUCCUCCUACCCGAUAUUAACACGGAGAACCAGACGAUCGUCGACAUGCUCAAUACGUGGGUCAACUAUACUGUUGACAGGUUCAAUUUUGACGGUAUUCGCAUCAAUGCCGCUAAACACGUCCGUAAGGACUUCUGGCCUGCUUUUGCUGCGAACGCUAGCGUGUUCACGUUAGGUGAGGUCAUGAGCAACGAUACCGACUAUACGGCAAAUUACACGACCGUCAUGUCCAACGUUCUCGACUACCCAAGCUAUUAUCAGCUCCAGCAAGCUUUCUCGAAGCCGGGCGGUGACAUUUCUGGACUCGUCGGCGUACUUCGUAAUGUCCAGCAGAAAUUCAAAGAAGGUGCUUUCGGUUCAGGCUUAUUUAUGGAGAACCAUGACCAGCCUCGCUUCCAGUCACUAACACAAGACCAGUCUCUCGUAAAGAACGCUAUGGUAUGGACGUUUGCAACAGAUGCCAUGCCGAUCGUUUUCUAUGGGCAAGAACAAGGCUUCGAAGGUUUGCAGGCCCCCGACAACCACGGUGCUCUCUGGCUGACUGGUAUGAAGAAGACUGGACCUCUGAUCGAACAUAUUACUGCUCUCAACAAGGCACGCAAGCUUGCAGCACUCGCAGAACCGAAGUUCCACUCAACGGCUGUCAAGGUUGUCGCUUCUAGCAAUGGUACAGUGGCACUGAGUAAACCACCCAUGCUCUCUCUCAUUUCAAACAGUGGGAACAUGUCUAUGCCUUCUUGGAACGUCAACGGUUCUGACUCGGGCUUUGCACCUGGUACAAGGCUUGUCGACAUUCUCUCCUGCAACACUAUCACAACCGGUUCAGAUGGUAGUGUCGCAGCUCAUUCUAAAGCAGGUCUUCCGCUUGUCCUCCUCCCUCAGUCCGCAUUGUCCUUGGCUAGUACUCACUGA